GUAAAGAAGUAUGUAAACGAAACACACAGACCACCACAAUUUGUACUUUGUUUAUGCAGCAGCAAACACAAGGCAGUUGCAAAUGAAAGUGAAGACCUUAACGCUCCCCAUUUAUCGCAAAGGCGCGAAUACAAAAAUUUUCGUUGCGUGCGCGAAAGUCGUAGAGGAAGAGUUGUGUGUGUGUGUAUUUUGAGCACUUUGGGGAUGGAUACCGAUGAGCGACGCACUACAGCACAGCACAUUAUAAAAG